UUGAGCCCAGUGAGGGGGGGGGGGGGUCCGGGGUAACGGGGAGGCAGAGGCAGGACCUUCCCCAUCGGCCGUGCCCCGGCCAGGGGCGGCAUUGUGCUGUUUUGCUACAGGAUAAAAAUGGCCUCUCGGCGGAUCACACGGGAGACGUUUGAUGCUGUAGUGCAGGACAAAGUUAAAAGGUAUCGCAUGGACCGGGGUGAUGCCGUAGAAGAUACAAUCCAUCGUUUUAAAGCUCGUUCAAGGCCAGUCCCAAGACCAAGGUAUGACAACAGCUUUCAUGAUGAUGGAAGAUAUGCUCACGAUAACGCUCAGCACCAUCCACAUGAUGAUUGGAGUGAAGACCCCAGGGAUGACUACCCAGGACCUUCCUAUAGGACUGCCAAUCCUCUUGUAAGGAAAGACAACUACUACCAUGAACAGUUUGGCCGCCCAGCAUGCCGUGACCGGGAAUUUGGCCACCCGGUAUCCCGUGACCGGGAAUUUGGCCACCCAGCUUCGCACAGUCGGGAAUACCGGCGUCCAGCUGCACGCAAACGGGAGUUUGGGCACCAAGCAUCUCAUGACCAGGAGUACAGGCGCCCGGCUUCCCAUGACCAGGAAUAUGGGCACCCAGCUUCCCAUGACCGGGAGUAUGUGGGCCUGGCUUCUCAUGACCAGGACUACUGCCCUCCUGACUCUUGGGAAUCCACUGGACCACAUGAAACUGAUUUUAGUUCUUCGGAUAUUUUAGGUGAUUUUAGAUCACCAGGACUCAUGGAAGAUGAAUAUGGCAGUAUGGAAAAUCAGGACUAUGAUGUAGACUUUGGAAUUCAAUCUGACGGCGAGUUCCGACCCCCGAUUCGCAGGGGCAACAGUGGCAGGGGAAGAGGUCUGCGAGGAAAGCGUAUUGCAAGGGGUGCUGUUAAAACUAAAGUAUUCAAAGGAGAGAUCAAAGCUCCCCACAAGAAGUGGAACACUAAAAAGCUGCAGCCAGGCCUCGACCAGACACUAGCUGAGCAGCCUGAGCCAGAAGAUGCUGAGCGACCCAGCCAGAGGCUAGUGCCCAUCCAGCAUCCCAGUCAAAAGUUGCUUCCACAACCUAUAACAACCCAGAGACCUAUUCUCAGGCUCCCAAAGCCUGCACACGUUUUCAGAAAUCUCAAUUUUGACCUUGUGGACAAAUCAGACAUUUUUUCAACAUUUGGAAUAGAAAUUAUCAAGUGGGCUGGGUUUCAUGCGAUAAAAACUGAUGCAGAGUUUUCCCGGCUCUUCGGAGCUCUCUUUGAGCUGGAGACAGAAACCUGUGCAAAAAUGCUUGCCUCCUUUAAGUGCUCCUUGAAGCCAGAACACAGAGAUUAUUGUUUCUUUACUAUCAAGAGUUUACAACAUGCUGCUCUCAAAACUCCCAAAGUGGACAAUGAGUUUUUAAACAUGCUGUUGGACAAAGGUGCUGUGAAAACAAAGAAUUGCUUCUUUGAGAUAAUCAAGCCUUUUGAUAAAUACAUAAUGAGGCUCCAGGACCGCCUCCUGAAAGGUGUCACUCCGCUGCUGAUGGCCUGUAAUGCCUAUGAGCUGAGCAUCAAGACGAGUGGGUUUGGGAAUCCCAGAGAAAUGGCAAGUGCUUUUGAGACCACUGUUUCUCUCUGUCGUAAGUCUUUAGCACUUCUGGGGCAGACCUUCGCCUUAGCAUCUGUUUUCAGGCAAGAGAAAAUACUUGAGGCUGUAGGGCUCCAGGAAAUGGCUCCAGCACCAACUUUGUUCCCAAACUUUGAUGAUUCAACAUUGUUUGGAAGGGAGUACAUUGAAAACUUGAAGGCUUGGUUGGAAAAGAGUGGAUAUCCCAUUCAGAUGAAAAAAACUGAGCAGGAGUCCACAGAACCGCUUAUAAACCCCUCUCCUGAUCCAAAAGUCCCACAGCGAGCCGAUCGGAAGGUUGUACAGACAAUUGAAGAGCUGGUGACCAGCAUCGUGUCAGGAACCUUGUCUGCCAAAGAGAGGACUGCUCAGAAGAGCUGCCCUGAGUAUUGGUUCUUGUCUGAUGAAGAUAGUCUGGAAUACAAGUAUUACAGACUCAAGUUAGCAGAGAUGCAAAGGCGGAUGUCACCUGGCAUGGAAGCGGGUGUGGAGGGCAGAACACUGGAAGGCUCUUCAGCAGAAGCCGUGCGGGCCAUGCUCUAUGCCAGGAAGGUGGCCAGUAUUAAGAGAAGGCUGUUUAAAAGGAAAAGGCUUGGGAUCAGCACACAGCGUGUGGCUCGAGGAAGGAGGGGGAAGAGAGCAUCCACAGGGACGCAGACUGUGCUUUCAGCUGGGACGGUGCUGAAGCACCAGGACAAGCAUCUUCAAGGUUCAGUCCAGACAAAGCCUUCUGCCUCAGAGCCCAGCCUGGGUGAGAAGAGCUCUUCCCUGGAUGCCACCUCACCCUCACAGUGUGCCGCUGGUUCGGAGGUGUCUCUGCCAGAAGAAGAAAGGGCAGAUUCUGAGGGUUUCUCAGCACCACCUGACCUCCUCCCACCAUUGCCCUCUCAGUUUCCUGAUGUGGAUGCUAAAACAAUGGAAACUGCUGAGAAACUUGCCAAGUUUGUUGCUCAGGUAGGACCAGAGAUUGAGCAGUUCAGCAUCGACAACAGCAUGGACAACCCAGACCUUUGGUUUCUACAGGAUCGAAACAGUUCUGCCUUCAAAUUUUACCGAAUGAAAGUCUAUGAGUUGUGCCCAUCCAUUAACUUCAGUGCUGUGUCAGAAGCAGCUGAUGGUGGGGAGAGUGCUAAACCUGAAGAGGCAAAUCUGGAUAUUUUGGAAGAGGAAGAGGAUGAAGAAGAAGAGGAGGAAGAAGAUAACGAGGAGGAAGCUGAGUUUGAGGAUGAUAUCUCCCAGUCUUUGGAAGGAAUGGAUAUGGAGCAAGCAGAGGAGGGAGAAGAGGAUGACGUGUCAGCAGGUAGAAGUGUGGAAAACCUAGCUGAAGAGAUGAUUUCCAAGCCAGGAGAGGAAAUGUCCACAGGUGAAGUGCAGCUAGCCACAUCAUCUGAUGGUGCUGUACCCAAUCUGUCGACACAGGCGUCCACUCCUGCUCCUGGAACCCCAUUUCCUCGCAAACGAAUCAGCAGCAAGUCUCUGAAAGUGGGUAUGAUUCCGGCAUCCAAAAGGAUUUGCCUCAUAGAAGAACCAAAAGUGCACGAACCUGUCAGAAUUGCUUAUGAUAGGCCCCGUGGUUGCCCAGUUACAAAGAAGAAGAAGAAACCAAAAGAUUUGGAAUUUUCACACAAGAAGCUAACAAACAGGAAUGUGGGUUUCCAGAUGCUUCAGAAGAUGGGCUGGCAGGAAGGACAUGGCCUUGGUUCACGAGGAAAAGGAAUCAGAGAGCCUGUAAAAGUGGGUGCUACCUCUGCAGGGGAGGGCUUGGGUGUUGCAGGGGAAGAAAAUAAAGAAGAUGCAUUUGAUGUUUUCCGUCAAAGAAUGAUACAAAUGUACAGGCAGAAAAGAGCCAGUAAAUAGGUUUGACAUAAAGACUCGCUCGCUAGAAAGUGCACGGAUAUGCAAAGGCUGCUUGUGAAAGCUCCUCGGCAGAGCAUGCCAGUAUGAAGAACACUUUGUUCUAUAGUAGUGGACUUGAAUACUAAUGUAUUAAAACAUUUUCCAAGAUUCAAGUUAGUCUUGUGUUUAACUGUGCAAGCUAACAACUUGGAUGUCAUCUUCUGAGGAAGAAACAACUGAUUUUGUUCUCGGAAGUGCCUGCUCACCUCUUUCUUUGGCCAAGUAUUCCUGUUUUGUGAUGAGAUGGCUUACCAAAAAAACCCAGAAUAAGCAGCAUGAAAAAUAUGACUUAGCCUGCUUUGGCUCUGAUCCUUUCUGAAACCAAGAGUCUUCUCAAGUUCAAAUCUUUCAAGGCAGGUCAGAUUUUAUUACACUACAUUUUGUUGAUGGUCUGAUCUUCUCUUCUACUUCUGGAGUCUGCAUAAGGCAGUUCCCUUUCCUCCACAUGCCAUUUUUAAGAAGAGUCUCUAACUGUGUGCUUAUUUCACAUAGGAAUCUAGACUUUAAAAGUAGGAUGAAUAACAGAGUUCAUCUGAGUCUGAGAACACUAAACUGUUCCUUGAAAGCCUCUGCUGCUGAGGUCUCUCACUGUAAGCAACAAGUAAUAUAUAUUUGAAGUGUAUUUUUUGGGUUUACACGAAUUUGCAGCUCUUCUCCAGCAAAUUCUUGACUAAAUUCUUUCCUUCUCAGAGCAUUUUAAGCCAUGAGCAGGUGCAGUUCAUGUGGCUGCAGAAGGUCAUGUGGCUGCAGAAGGUCCUGAAGAAAACCCUUGGAAGUCAGCUAUUCAGAAGUCAUCUGGAAGUGGAUGAUCAGUUUUAUAAGACCAUCAAUUUAGAGAGCCAUUUUUUUCUUUUAAACAUUUGUUCUGCAGAAGUUCUGUUAUUGAAAAAUCCCAUGACAUAAGACAAAAAAAGCUUGUACUUUUAAGGGACUAUUCCACAACUUCCUGAAAGUGAAGACUGGAUUAACCUACUGUGCUUCAGCAGAAAACAUUACCUGACUGCUUGGUGAAGCAGCUCUGAAGAUGAGAAAGAUUUCACAGUGUUACCACAAAAAAAGAUUCGAGGUCUGAUCAUUCAUCUUUAUCUGACUUGCACAUUAAUAAGGGAUCUGUGACUGGACUACUGAGAGAAUUUAAUAGUGCACUUGUAGUGUAUUCAUUCCCCAUCAUUAGGCAAAACUCUUCACUUGAAUGUUAUAGUACCAAAACCUACUUUGCUGAAGUUUUCUUGAAGAGAGUUGAUCUUGAGCUGAUGCAUGUCUUGCUUACUAGCAGUGGGUGUUUGUCUUGCUGAUGUUCCCAUCCCACACCAUGCUUCUUGCAGAGCACAGAGCUUGUGGUCCACCACUAAUAGCACCCCCUGGUCCCGUGGCAGCACCUCGCAUUCCUCACUGACAUAUAUGCAAGAAACUGUGUUCUUCAGUUACCAGCUUGCCUGUGCCUGCUGUUUAAGGAACAAAAUCAUACUCUUUCCCCAUUAAAACCCCUGUUGGUUGAAAGGGAAUGUCUUCAUUUUCAUUCAAUAGCAACAAGCUUUUCCUUAUAACAACCAGUUUUAGUUUAUGAAUGCAAGUUUGGGUUUUUUUUUCUUUGUGGGUCUUUGAAACCAUAAGAAACAAUUGUGUUGCAGUGUAAUUUUCUGGUUUUGUUGCCUUGAAGCACAUCCUCACUGAAUAAAACCACACUGGCUGAUACAGAACAAUACAUUGGUGGUUCUGUUUUUCCACGAAUAUCACACGUGUCUUCACCCUUUAUAUUACAAGAAGUUGAAGCAUGAAGGACAUAAGAAAUGAGUUUAUCUAAUUGUCAGACUUGGUUAAGGACUUUUGAUAGCCCACCCAUUUCUCAUAGGCUUUACUUGGAGAUGUUUAAAAUCCUCAAUCAUUUUGGAGCACAGGCUACUAAAAGGUCUCAGUUACAGUCCUUGGCAAUGUAUGCUUACCUGUUGAGUUCCUAUUUGGGUGUUCUUUGCUGCCCCUCUUUCUUUCCUGUGCCUAAUACAUGGUAAAACUUGAGCCUUUCAAAAAGGGAGAUCUGUCAGUCGCAGUCUGGUUUAGAAUGGCACUUGAACCAGUGGCGUUGGCCUGUGAUUUAUUUCUCAGACCCACUCAAAAGGCUUCAGCUUUUCUUUCUGUGCCAGUGAUGAGGCUGCCAGUGUUGCCAUUCCCAAUUUUAUUUCCCUGCCAACUUCCAGUUCAGCUCUUCUCUCACAUUUCCAUUUUGGAAGGAUUCUUGGUGCUCGUUCUGCUGUUUGCAGCAAGGCGCGAGGUGGAGGUUCGCAGCAGGUUUCAACCUCUUGGGGCCAGGUCAGCAUUCUGCACUGCUCUGGUGUUAACCCACGUUUGGUGGGCAGAGGUUGGGGUGCGUUUGUGAAACACCUCACCCAAGCUGGGAAAUGGUACUGUCCUUUCUGAGGGCAGUUCAGUUUACUAUAAUGCUGUCUUGAGAAUGAACGUGAACACUGGGAAAAUCUGAAUCUGCUGCCCUGGAUGACUGUUGUAUGGGCUGUCUUUCUUGUGCCAAACUUGAAUUUUGGACAAGAUACCAGCAGAGAGUACUGGUGCUGAGAUUCCAGUGUUGCUCUCAAGUGGGUUACCCUUUGCCACUUUUAUCUUGUUUUCCCAAGACCUUACGCUCCUUUUGCCAAAGGAAUUCCCUUUUAUUUUGACCUGCUUUUGCAGGCUGAUUAGCAAAUUUGAAAUACUUGUACAUGUGAAACAUUUGUUAUGCAGAUGCAUUGCCUUGUUUCAAGUUUACUAGCUUCUUUUCUGUUAUUUUAGUUCCAGGCUCUCUUCCAUGAAGACUGCAAGCUUCAGUGAACAUUUUAACUAACUUCAGUGGUGUGUCUACUGUCUUUUGGUUGUUUUUUUUGCCAUUAAUCUUGUAGAGCAAUUUGCUAGUUUCUGUUCCGUGCAAGUUGGCAGUAGUGCUAAGCUAGUAGCAAUGAGAUAUUUAUGUUACUGGAUAACUGACAUUUCUUCCUAGUGUAAGUAAACAUGUUAGCAUUGUUAAUCUUUUAAUAUCUGCAAUAAAUGUAGAACUAAACGAUUUCUGGUUUAAAUGUUUUGCUUGUGAAUUUGGCCAUUUGUAAGAGAUAUGCAUCACUUUGGCACUAACAAGUGGAAUUGAGAUUAUGCAGUGUUAUGUUAGUGUAAAGCAGGAUUUUAUAGUGCAUGAGGGAAGGAAAGUCCCUCUGUUUCUGUGCUGCUAAAUGUCUCUGUGGAGAAUACCUACUAAAUCAUUUCUCAGUUGGUUUUUCAUGUGGCUUCUAGGGCAUUAAAUCUAUCCUUGACAGUGUUACUCCCCACAUGAGCACCCAAAUGGUCAUGCCCCAGUCAGAAUGUGAGAGUUUUACCCUUUAUUCCCAUGUCCCAGGAAGCAGUUGUCUCUGGUUUUCUUGGUGGACUGACUUUCAAAGAGCAGAGCUUUGUCUUUACAUAUGUGUGGUUUACUGUUGCCUUUAAAUUCAAAUUCCUUUUUUAGACAGGAUAUGAGGGGGAGAAUUGCACCGAGCUGAAACUUAACACUUGUGCAGCCAGCUGCCUUCUGUCCAGAGGUAAAGCGAGAGUGGGCGCUUGGGAAAGACACCAGCCAGGUCUCCCGUCCCUUGCUUUUAUACUGACAGCUAGGAAAGGCUUUACAGAGACAAGUUCCACCCCUGGCUACUCCUUUUCCCUCUUUUUCCUUCAAAAAGUGGUUAUACGUGAGGACCUGGUUCUAGAGGAAAGGACGUUUGCUCUCGCUGGAGAGAAAUGAGAUCCCCAUUCUGGGGAGGUGCCCUAACAGUAGAACUACAGUCAGUAAUAUGCUGUUUGGAGUAAUUGUGUUGGAUUAAUUGAGAUGUUUUCUCUUUUUUUUUUCUUUUUUUUGCCUUCUAAGCUUUUUUUUUUUGCUGUAAUACCAGGGACAUUUUCCUAUUUAUUUUGGGGAUUAUUUUGAAGAAGACAACUCCAGCAUCCUUAGUGUGAACACUUAAUCUGUGCUGAGAUGACUGUUCUCUAAUCAAUGUACAGUAUAUUUUCUAUUGAUAUCCCAUUCUGCUUUAAAGUUAAUCCUGAUGUAUCGUGCCCAAAGCGAGUCUGGACUUAAAAAUUCAAAUGUUAUUUGAGAUGGUUUCUAUCCUACAAGCAGGUAUAUUUUCUAAUUAAAAGGGAAGCCCUGAAAGUCCUGUAUCAUCUUUAAUCCUGCAUAUCUCAUGACUGAGUGGCCAAUCACAACCAGACUGUAGAUUUGAGCAAUAAUAAACACCUUAAAUGAGAAUAUGCUCAAAGAACAAGAGGGUACUUCUAAAAAGAAACAGUUUUCUGUGAACCUUGUCAAGUAGGAAACUUGCUGAAUUGCAGCAAGGCUGGAAUCUGUUUGCAUUAUCUGUGGGCAAUAAAGUUACUGCUGUUUAAGAA